AUGGGUGUCUCUCUGCUUCAGACGUUUCUGCGCAACAAUCCUUCCAAUUUCACAACUUACAGACUCCACAGCACGACAAUUGUAGUUGACGGUCCCAACAUUGCCAAUAACCUAUAUGAGGAAGCAAGCAUUCUGAACCAGUUCAACGGCGAGUACCUUCAGUACGAAGCCCUGGUUGAAAGGUACCUGUUGAACAUGAGGAAAUGCGAAGUGGAACCGAUUUUCGUGUUCGACGGUCUCCACGAGGUGAGGAUUUUUUCAAAAAGCGACGCAAUGUUAAACGUCUUACUGUAUGGUAUAAAUACUUACUAUCUACUGUUUUAG